GGCUUCAAUGUAGUGUUCGUUCAUGGUUAUUUGUUCCUUGAGUGGUAAACUUAUGAUAACUUCCAAAGUAUUAUGUCUUUCAUACUCAGCUCAGGCGCUGCCGACAUGGCUAUGGCGUGGCAAACAUUGUCAGCUUCACAGCGCUCGACUAUCAAGCAACAAUACCAAGCUGCGGGCAUUAAAUUGCUCGUUUCAGCGUUUGGCUCGACUGAGACACCUACAACGAGUGGCAAGGACCCUCAACAGCUUGCCUCUACGAUGGCUGCAUGGGUCAAACAGUACGGCGUCGAUGGAAUUGAUGUCGAUUACGAAGACAUUACAGCCAUGAACAAGGCUGAUGGAAAGGCAGAGCAGUGGCUGAUCGAUUUUACCAAUGCUCUCCGAACGGAUCUGCCCCAAGGCCAGUACAUCCUCACUCAUGCUCCCAUGGCGCCCUGGAUGGGUUCCGGUACUCAAUGGACUUCGGGAGCCUAUGUAACUGUGAAUACGAAAGUCGGGAGCUCAAUUGAUUGGUACAACACUCAAUUCUAUAAUCAGGGCGCAUCGGAGUACACUACCUGCGACGGGCUCCUUACUGCAUCCAGCAGCAACAAUCCCAAAUCUUCUGUCUUUGAAAUAGAGGCCAACGGUUUUGAACUCAACAAGAUUGUCAUUGGAAAGCCUGGAUCUACGGGCACAGGUGAUGCCUCCAACGGUCAAAUGUCGACCGGCACGCUCGCUGGCUGUGUCAGUCAAGCCAAAGGCAAAGGAUGGAACGCUGGUGUCAUGAGCUGGGAGUAUCCGGACGCCAACUCCCAAUGGAUCACCGCUGUUCGUGGAUCUGCAUAUCCUAUUGAUGGAUCUUCCGACUCCGGCUCAUCUGGUAGCUCAACUUCUACUGCAGACGCUGCUUCGCCCACAUCCGUUGGCUCGUCUGGUGGUAGCUCUACUGAUGCUGCUUCACCUACGUCCCUUGGUUCAUCUGGAAGCUCUACCGAUGGUGCUUCGCCUACAUCCUCCUCAUCGACCGUUGCCGACAGUGAUUCUGCUUCACCUACAUCCCUCGGUUCAUCCAGUAGCUCUACCCCUACCCCUGAUGGCGCUUCACCAACAUCCACUGACGCCGAUUCUGGUUCAACCGCUGCUUCUACAGAUGCCGGAUCUGUUCCCACUACCGACAGCUCUUCACCCACCACUCCGGCAACCAGUGCCAGCACUGCUGCUUCAACUGGGACAUUCAACAACGGAAUGUGGACACCCAGCGCUUCAACAGCGACAUUUAACAACGGAAUGUGGACGCCUACCACUGCACCCGCUACUACGGUUGCCACACCUGUACCACAAAGAAGAGAAGAGAGGACCACUCACAGAAUGGUUCGCCGGAGAGGAUUUCCUGUACCAUAAUAAUCUAAGUUUGUAUCUAAUCGUAAAAGAGCCUGAGAAAGAUAUUCCCAUCUAAUAUAAGCAUGUCGAAGACCGGCCCCGGUUUCUUCUCAACUUCCCACC